AUGGCAGCUCCCGCCGCCGCCGACGGCGACGUGGCCGCUCCCGGCGCCCGCGUCUGGGUGCCAAUCAGCGAGACGCCCGCCGGAGCGCCGCCAGAGGACGACGACGAGGCGCUUCCUUUCACGCUCGGAGUCGUGCAGCGCCGCCGGCCAGAGGACGCCGCUCCUCCGUCGCCGGACAUGGUGCUGGUCAGCCUGGUGGAGGGCGGCGACGUGAGCGCCAAGCCUGUCUGGGUCAAGCCCGCCGCCCUCGUGCCGGCCAACCCCGAGACGCUCGACGGCGUGGAUGACGUCGGCGCGCUGUCUCACCUCAACGAGCCUUCGCUGCUGCGGGUGGUGAUGGCGCGGUACGCGGCGCGCUCGAUCUACACGCGCGCCGGGCCCGUCCUCGUCGCGAUCAACCCCUUCACCAAGGUCGCUGGCCUCUAUGACGCCGCGACGAUGCGCUCGUACCAGUCCGCCGCCGCCGCGGCCGCCGCUGCCGCAGAGCGGGACGGGCCUGCUCUGCCGCCGCACCUGUACCAGGUGGCGGGCGCGGCGUACUACGACAUGGCGGCGCGCGGCCGCUCCCAGUCGGUCGUGAUCAACGGCGAGUCUGGCGCUGGGAAGACGGAGAGCGCAAAGAUCAUCCUGUCCUUCUUCAUCUCUGCCGCGUCCGCGGCGGGCAAGGGUGGCGGAGGAGGCACGACCAAGGUGGGCGAGGUGCUGCAGGCGGAGCUCGACGCGUCCAACGUGCUGCUCGAGGCGUUCGGGAACGCAAAGACCACGCGCAACCACAACUCGUCCCGCUUCGGCAAGCUGCUGCAGCUUCGCUUCUCUCCGACGGGCGCCCUGACCGGCGGGUCGAUCUCUCGCUUCCUUCUCGAAAAGUCGCGCGUCGUCUCGCCCGAGGCGGACGAGCGGUCGUACCACGCGCCGUACCAGCUCGCGUCCUGCUGCCGCGCAAGGGCAGGCACGCCCGCCGCAGACCUCGCCGUGCGGCUGGGGCUGCGCGGCGCGGGCACGUACCGCUAUCUGAGUGCCGGAGGCUGCCUCCUCGUCGACGGCGUGGACGAUGCGGCGGAGUUCGAGGCGACCAACGCCGCGCUGACCGCCAUUUACGACGGCGGCGGCGGCGACGCGGCCGCGGGCUCCGCCGAGGCGGUGUGGGCGGUGGUGGCUGCGGUGCUCACUCUUGGCGACAUUGAGUUCCGCGAGCCGGCGGAGGAGGAGGAGGGCAAGGGCGGAGGCGUGGCGGGAGGCCGCGCCGCCGCCGCUCCGCCGCUCGCCGGCGCCCCCGCAGGGCCGCCUGGCUCGCUUGAGCUCGACGGGGAGGGGGCGGUGGCGGCGCUACGGCUUGCGGCGAGGCUGCUGGGCUGCGGCGACGCGGAGCUGCUGACGGCGCUCAACUCGAGGACCAUUUCGGCCGGCGGCGAGGAGAUGGUCAUCUGCAAGAAGCUGCCCGAAGCGCGCGCCUCGCGCGACGCUCUCGCCAAGGCGCUGUACGAGCGCCUCUUCGACCACAUCAUCUUUGCCCUCAACCGCUCUCUCGCCGCCGUCGGGCAGGGAAGUGGCCGCGGGGCGGCGGCGGCCUCCUCGGCAGGGAUCGGCAUCCUCGAUAUCUUUGGCUCGGAGAUCUUCGCCACCAACGGCUUCGAGCAACUGCUGAUCAACUACGCGAACGAGAAGCUGCAGGCGCACUUCACUGCGGCGGCCAUCACGCUGCUGCAGGCAGAGUACUUGCGCGAGGGGAUCGCGGUGGACCGGGUCGAGUACACCGACAACGCGGCCACCAUCGCGCUGCUCGAAGGCAAGCCCCUUUCCGUGCUCGCCGUCCUCGAUGACCAGUGUCUGCAGGCGGGCGCGACCGACGCGUCGCUGACGGCCGCGCUGCACUCUUCCUUCGACGGCCAUGCGUCAUACGGCACGCCCCGCAUCGCCUCCUCGGAACCUUCUCGGAACCCUCUCGGACUGGUCUCUGAACCGUCUCGGGCCCCUUUCGCAGGCACGCCCCGCAUCGGCGCCGACCGCGCCUUCACGAUAUGCCACUUCGGAGGCCGCGUCACGUACUCGGUGGCCGGCUUCCUCUCCAAGAACAAGGACGCACUCUUCGCGGAGCUACCGUCGACCAUGCGCGCCUCGGCCUCGCCCUUUGUAGCGGAGCUCUUCUCCGAGGCGGCGGAGCAGCGGCGGCAGCAGGCCCCAUCGGGCGACGGCGGCGCGGCGGCGGCCGGCAAGCCCACCGCCACGAACGUGAACGAGGGGCCCGCACGCAGAGUGAGCCACUCGCGCCGCGCCGGCGGCGGGGGCGGCGGUAGCGGUGGCGGCGGCAAGAAGCGGGCGACGCAGUUCGUGUCGGUGGGGUCUCAGUUCCGCGGGUCCAUUGCCUCGCUCGUCGGCACGCUCGGCGCCACGCAGAGCCACUUUGUGAGGUGCAUCAAGCCAAACGAAGUGCGGGGCCCGUUCGUGCUCUGGCCCGCGGUGGCGCUAGCGCAGCUCCGCUGCUGUGCGGUGCUCGAGGCGGUGCGGGUCUCGCAGGCCGGCUUCCCCACCCGCAUCCCCUUCGACGAGCUCCUCUCGAGGUACGCGAUGCUGCGGCCGAGGCUGCCCGCCGCCGCAGGGGCAAGCGGAGGCGGCGGAGGAGGGGGAGGGGCGGGCAAGCUGCGCCGCAGGGGCACCGGCGAGCGCGCGUCGGCGUGGGUGGGCGGCGGCGGCGGCGGGGAGGAGGGUGGGCACAGCGGCCAGGGCUCGACGGCGCGCGAGGAGGCGGCAGAGCUGCUGCAGCUGCUGCAGCUGGCGCCGGACGAUUAUAUGCUCGGCAAGACGGUGGUGUUCUUGCGCUCGGGCGUGCUUGCGCGCUGCGAGGCUGCGCGUGCGAGGCACCUCUCCAAGUGCUUCGCCACCGUGCAGGCGCGCACGCGCGGCCGCUCCGCACGCCGCAACUUCCACUCGGUCCGCUCGUCUGCGGUGCUGCUGCAGCAGACGCUGCGGCGGCGGGUCAAGCGGCGCGAGGCGGCGAGGCUGGCGGCGGAGGCGGCGGCGGCCGCCGCCGCCGCCGCAGAGGUGCCCGAGGAUGCGGAGCUGGCGGGGCAGGCUGCGCGGCUGCGCGCCGAGGUGGACGCGUUGCAGGCGGAGGCGGAGCCGGACUGGCUGUCGCAGGCGGCGAUCGACGUGGCGAGCGUGGCGGGCAGCGUGGCGGGCAGCGCGCGCGCGCUGUCUGACGACGACUCGUCGGUCGGCGACGAGGAGCAGCUGGAGGAGAUGCGGGCGGAGCUGAACGAGGCGAUCCAGGACCGGGACGAUUUCGAGGAGGAGAACUACGAGCUCCAGGAGAAGUGCGGCAAGUACGAGGAGGAGCUCGACUUGCUCGAGGAGGAGAACGCCGAGCUGCGCGACGCGCUCGCCGUCUGCCAGCGCGACCUCUCGCAGGCCAAGGAGGAGCAGCUCGCGCUCUUCCUCGAGGUCAACGAGCUGCGCGCGCGCGUCGCCGAGCGGGACCGCGAGAUGAACCAGCUGCUGAUCGUCAACUCGGACAUGAUGAUGAAGCUGGCCGACGAGGGCUUCGCCUCGCCGCGCGACAGCAAGCCGUCGCUCAAGCCCGCCGCCGUGGUGCGAGGCGCCGGCUCGACCUUUGGCCAGUGA